UUUCAAAAUGUGAGAUGGGUAUAUCUGUUCUCUGUGUGGAAAGCAAUUUGGGUCAGAAAGCUAAAAGGCAUAAGCAAUCUUCUCAGGUGUCUAAAUACAGCUCCUUGCUUUCCUAUUUCAGAACUCUUGUUUCCUUUGCAUUUUGAUUCUUCUCCCUUUCUCUUCUUCCUCUUGCCUAUAGUAAUGGAGUCUUCCCAACUCUUUGGAGGUACAGAAGAAUGUAAUAGCAGUGAAUCUGGGUGGACAAUGUAUAUUGGCUCCCCCACCCCCACAUACGGUGUCGGUGAUGAUAAACACAAUGACGGUGGAGAAAAUGAUGAUGAUGAUGAUGAUGACGACGACGACGACGACGACGAUGAUGAUUAUGAUGCUAGUCAUGGCAAUGAUAGUGAUGAUUCUAUGGCUUCUGAUGCUUCUUCUGGCCCGAGCCAUCGAGAACGACCAUGUGGGAAAGGUGGAUACGGUCAUGGCAUGAACUGUUUCGAGUAUAAUAAGAAUGAGGAUGAUGGCAAGUAUCGCACGCAUAAGAAAGCUGACAGUCGAGCGGAAAAGCAAAGGGCUGAACAAAAGAGAAAUGAAGAGAAAGCAGAGUCCAUGUUUAUGGCAAGAAAAGCUAAUACUCAUGUUGGAAGCAACAGCAAGGUAAGAAAAACCAAUUGGAUCGGAAAAAGAAAAUAAAUGCUUUCCUGCUCUUCAGAUUGUGUUUAUAGAAUGGUAGUAGGGGCAGAAAAAUGAUCCUUAGCUGAGACAUAUAGGCAGCUAGCACAUCCAUGGAUAUAAAUUAUGUUGUGUGUUUUCAGAUUUCCAAUGUAAUAUUUGAAUCAAGAAAUAUAAUGUGCAGAUCAGCUGGCACAUCCAUGGAUUCAGAGAGGGUAUCAUAUUGGUUUAGAUAAGUACUAUUGUGGGUAUAUUUCCACUAUUGUGUCUAUGUAUCAUCAUGUACAAUAGGAUGAAAAUAAGAGUGCACUGAUGAUAUGAGAUGGUCUGUUAAUUACUCUCUCAGCA